AUGACGAUGGCUCGGGGUACGCUGUUGCUCCUGCUGAUGCAGACGUUAACUGGAUGGUCAGUUUCUCAAACAACACCUGGACCUUCAGUGAGACUGGUCAACUCUAACAGCCGCUGCUCUGGCAGAGUGGAGAUCUUCCACAAUGGCCAGUGGGGAACGGUGUGUGACGACUUCUGGAAUUUGAAUGACGCUCAGGUGGUUUGUCGACAGCUGGGCUGUGGCAGGGCUGUGGAGGCACCACAAAAAAUUGCUCCUCCAACACCAAGUGUUCCAGUGAGACUGGUCAACUCUAACAGCCGCUGCUCUGGCAGAGUGGAGAUUUUCCACAAUGGCCAGUGGGGAACAGUGUGUGACGACUUGUGGAAUCUGAAUGACGCUCAGGUGGUUUGUCGACAGCUGGGCUGUGGCAGGGCUGUGGAGGCACCACAAAGGGCACGUUUUGGACAAGGCACUGGACAAAUCUGGUUAGAUAACCUUCAGUGUUCAGGACGUGAGUCUUCUUUGCAAGACUGUCCACAUGGCGGAUUAGGGAACCACAACUGUCGCCAUUCUGAGGAUGCUAGUGUCAUCUGUGAAGGUAAUGUUCCAGUGAGACUGGUCAACUCUAACAGCCACUGCUCUGGCAGAGUGGAGAUUUUCCACAAUGGCCAGUGGGGAACAGUGUGUGACGACUUGUGGAAUCUGAAUGACGCUCAGGUGGUUUGUCGACAGCUGGGCUGUGGCAGGGCUGUGGAGGCACCACAAAGGGCACGUUUUGGACAAGGCACUGGACAAAUCUGGUUAGAUAACCUUCAGUGUUCAGGACGUGAGUCUUCUUUGCAAGACUGUCCACAUGGCGGAUUAGGAACCAACUGUGGUCACUCUGAGGAUGCUAGUGUCAUCUGUGAAGGUAAGUGUGUUUCCACACAUGUUCCAGUGAGACUGGUCAACUCUAACAGCCGCUGCUCUGGCAGAGUGGAGAUUUUCCACAAUGGCCAGUGGGGAACAGUGUGUGACGACUUGUGGAAUCUGAAUGACGCUCAGGUGGUUUGUCGACAGCUGGGCUGUGGCAGGGCUGUGGAGGCACCACAAAGGGCACGUUUUGGACAAGGCACUGGACAAAUCUGGUUAGAUAACCUUCAGUGUUCAGGACGUGAGUCUUCUUUGCAAGACUGUCCACAUGGCGGAUUAGGGAACCACAACUGUCGCCAUUCUGAGGAUGCUAGUGUCAUCUGUGAAGGUAAUGUUCCAGUGAGACUGGUCAACUCUUACAGCCGCUGCUCUGGCAGAGUGGAGAUUUUCCACAAUGGCCAGUGGGGAACAGUGUGUGACGACUUGUGGAAUCUGAAUGACGCUCAGGUGGUUUGUCGACAGCUGGGCUGUGGCAGGGCUGUGGAGGCACCACAAAGGGCACGUUUUGGACAAGGCACUGGACAAAUCUGGUUAGAUAACCUUCAGUGUUCAGGACGUGAGUCUUCUUUGCAAGACUGUCCACAUGGCGGAUUAGGAACCAACUGUGGUCACUCUGAGGAUGCUAGUGUCAUCUGUGAAGGUAAGUGUGUUUCCACACAUGUUCCAGUGAGACUGGUCAACUCUAACAGCCGCUGCUCUGGCAGAGUGGAGAUUUUCCACAAUGGCCAGUGGGGAACAGUGUGUGACGACUUGUGGAAUCUGAAUGACGCUCAGGUGGUUUGUCGACAGCUGGGCUGUGGCAGGGCUGUGGAGGCACCACAAAGGGCACGUUUUGGACGAGGCACUGGACAAAUCUGGUUAGAUAACCUUCAGUGUUCAGGACGUGAGUCUUCUUUGCAAGACUGUCCACAUGGCGGAUUAGGGAACCACAACUGUCGCCAUUCUGAGGAUGCUAGUGUCAUCUGUGAAGAAAUUGCUCCUCCAACACCAAGUGUUCCAGUGAGACUGGUCAACUCUUACAGCCGCUGCUCUGGCAGAGUGGAGAUUUUCCACAAUGGCCAGUGGGGAACAGUGUGUGACGACUUGUGGAAUCUGAAUGACGCUCAGGUGGUUUGUCGACAGCUGGGCUGUGGCAGGGCUGUGGAGGCACCACAAAGGGCACGUUUUGGACAAGGCACUGGACAAAUCUGGUUAGAUAACCUUCAGUGUUCAGGACGUGAGUCUUCUUUGCAAGACUGUCCACAUGGCGGAUUAGGGAACCACAACUGUGGUCACUCUGAGGAUGCUAGUGUCAUCUGUGAAGGUAAGUGUGUUUCCACACAUGUUCCAGUGAGACUGGUCAACUCUAACAGCCACUGCUCUGGCAGAGUGGAGAUUUUCCACAAUGGCCAGUGGGGAACAGUGUGUGACGACUUGUGGAAUCUGAAUGACGCUCAGGUGGUUUGUCGACAGCUGGGCUGUGGCAGGGCUGUGGAGGCACCACAAAGGGCACGUUUUGGACAAGGCACUGGACAAAUCUGGUUAGAUAACCUUCAGUGUUCAGGACGUGAGUCUUCUUUGCAAGACUGUCCACAUGGCGGAUUAGACCACAACUGUGGUCACUCUGAGGAUGCUAGUGUCAUCUGUGAAGAAAUUGCUCCUCCAACACCAAGUGUUCCAGUGAGACUGGUCAACUCUAACAGCCGCUGCUCUGGCAGAGUGGAGAUUUUCCACAAUGGCCAGUGGGGAACAGUGUGUGACGACUUGUGGAAUCUGAAUGACGCUCAGGUGGUUUGUCGACAGCUGGGCUGUGGCAGGGCUGUGGAGGCACCACAAAGGGCACGUUUUGGACAAGGCACUGGACAAAUCUGGUUAGAUAACCUUCAGUGUUCAGGACGUGAGUCUUCUUUGCAAGACUGUCCACAUGGCGGAUUAGGGAACCACAACUGUGGUCAUUCUGAGGAUGCUAGUGUCAUCUGUGAAGGUAAGUGUGUUUCCACACAUGUUCCAGUGAGACUGGUCAACUCUUACAGCCGCUGCUCUGGCAGAGUGGAGAUUUUCCACAAUGGCCAGUGGGGAACAGUGUGUGACGACUUGUGGAAUUUGAAUGACGCUCAGGUGGUUUGUCGACAGCUGGGCUGUGGCAGGGCUGUGGAGGCACCACAAAGGGCACGUUUUGGACAAGGCACUGGACAAAUCUGGUUAGAUAACCUUCAGUGUUCAGGACGUGAGUCUUCUUUGCAAGACUGUCCACAUGGCGGAUUAGGGAACCACAACUGUGGUCACUCUGAGGAUGCUAGUGUCAUCUGUGAAGAAAUUGCUCCUCCAACACCAAGUGUUCCAGUGAGACUGGUCAACUCUUAA